AUGUACCCGUCAGAAGCCUGCGCGAGUCUGGACAUUCUUGCCCAGUGUCUUCCGGUGUUUCAUGUCCAGAGGACGGUGUCGCAGAAACAAGGCAAUUUCGGUGCAGAGACGCCCGCCAGCCUGCAAAUUAGUUGGGAAAUUGUGUAUCAACAAAGGCAAGUCGUCCUGAUAUUCUCACUCGAGCCCAAUCCACCUGGCACUCCGAAGCCCCGCUAUACGCCUAGCCAUCGCAACAUCAUGGCCGAACAAGAGCUCAAAGAGAUCAGCAAGGCCGAGCUGGCCAAGCACAACACCAAGGAGGAUCUCUGGUUCAUCAUCUACAACAAGGUGUACGAUGUGACAAAGUAUCAGACCGAACAUCCCGGUGGAAUCGACGUGCUCAUGCAAUUUGCAGCCGACGACGCCUCGGAGAUGUCCGAAGCGACGGGCCAUUCGGAUGAAGCCAGAAAGAAGCUCGACAAGCUCAUCGUCGGCCAACUCCCAUGCGAAGACCAAGAAGACGACGUCGAAGUCUUCCACAAGGUAUACCCGGACACGCAUAACCCUGAUCGCAAGCCGCUCGGCAAGGAGUUCUUCGCUCUCUUCUUGGGGCUCACGGGGCUGGUCGCCUUUUAUACACCAUCAUCAAUUACACUCGUUCGUAUCAACAAGUCUGCCGUCUGUUGUGUGCUACCGCCAGCGCCCAAACCAUCGCCAGGCAUUGCGCAAUACCAACAGAUUAUGAGACCUAGCUGGUUCUAG